AUGCGGUCAAUCUAUUGUCAUCUUGCCUUCUUCCCACUGUUCUUGGAGCCCAUACUCUCAACCCCUACUGAAGCCCAAUAUUUUCCACCUGUAUCUCAAGGAGUGGUGACUUUACAAUCAAAGUUCCACGAAGGCAUUACAAUUUCAUACAAGGAACCCGGAAUCUGUGAGACGACCCCUGGGGUGAAGUCUUAUUCAGGUUAUGUUCAUCUGCCCGCUGGAUUUCUUCAGGCUGAUUGGGAGGAUUCGCAAGAUUACCCGAUCAAUACCUUUUUCUGGUUCUUCGAGUCUCGGAAGGAUCCAGCAAAUGCUCCUCUCUCUAUAUGGCUAAAUGGCGGCCCUGGAGGCUCAUCUAUGAUGGGUCUUCUGCAGGAGAAUGGGCCCUGCUUCGUCGGGAGUGAUUCCAACUCCACAUACCUGAAUCCGUAUUCAUGGAACAACGAAGUCAACAUGCUCUACAUUGACCAGCCAGUCCAAGCCGGCUUCUCGUAUGACGUGGCCACCAAGUGUACUGUUAAUCUAAUCAGUGAAGAUGAUUUCAGGCCUCAAACUCAGGUGGGAGACUUCUCCCAAGGUGUGCCUAUCCAGAACACCACCUUCCUUAUCGGCACGAUGGGAAGCCAGUCGAAGAGGAGCACUGCAAAUACGACAGCUCAUGCAGCACACGCAAUUUGGCAUUUUGCACAGACAUGGUUCGAGGAAUUCCCGUUCUACAAGCCGAAUGACGAAAAAAUAAAUAUCUGGACUGAAAGCUACGGAGGGAGGUACGGGCCAGGCUUCGCAUCUUUCUUUGAAGAACAGAAUGAGAAGAUUGCAAACGGUGCUAUCGCUGGUCCUGGUGCCCAUUAUCUUCACCUCGAUACACUUGGGAUCAUUAAUGGGUGUAUUGAUAGAGUAUGCUUAGCGAUGGGCUACGCCGACAUGGCAUAUAAUAACACGUACGGCAUUCAAGCCUACAGCGAGAGUAUGUACCAAAAGACAGUGGAGAACUACACGGCUCCGGGAGGAUGCCAAGACAAGCUCCUAAAAUGCCGCGAACUGGCUGCUGAACGAGAUCCCAAGAAUCUUGGUGGCGACGAGGAAGUCAAUGCUAUAUGCUUAGAAGUAAGAGACUGUUAUAACGCGAUAUUGACGAACCCCUAUCUAGAUACAAACAACUAUGGAUGGUAUGAUAUCGCCCAUCCGAGAGCCGACCCGACUCCCGAACCAUAUUUGCGUGGCUUCUUGAACCAGCAUUGGGUUCAGAGUGCUCUUGGCGUGCCAGUAAACUAUACAGCUAGUUCUCAAGCUGUCAGCGGUGCCUUCUCCGACACUAGUGACUUCUCACGCUCCGAUUCUCUCGAGCAAAUCACCUAUCUGUUGGAGAAGGGUGUUAAAGUUUCCUUGGUGUAUGGAGACCGGGAUUUUGCUUGCAAUUGGAUCGCUGGAGAACGAACCUCACUUGCGAUCGAGUAUUCAGGAAGUGCUGAAUUUCGCGGGGCCGGAUAUAUGCCAAUCAUCACCAAUUCCACUUAUAUUGGUGGGCAGGUCCGUCAAUACGGGAAUCUCUCGUUCUCAAGAGUCUACCAAGCUGGACAUGAAGUUCCUUGGUAUCAGCCGGAAACUGCUUAUGAGUUGUUCAUGAGAGCCCUGUUCAACAAGGACAUGGCUACAGGUCUGUUGCCCAUACGGGAUGACUACCAGACCGUUGGUCCGGCCUCAACUUGGCACAUCAAGAACGAAAUUCCUGAGCGGCCAGAGCCGGUUUGUUAUAUCUUGGCACCCAGUACCUGCACUAAAGAGCAAUAUGAUACAGUUAUUAAUGGAACGGCGAUAAUUGAAAAUUACAUAGUGGUCGGUGCCACGGAGUAAGAUACGAAAAUUGGAUAUGGCCAGAAGAUGUUUGGCGGAGAUAGAUAAGAUUUAGAUCUCGCUAUUCUUCGGCUUUCGCCAGUUAAAAAGGGAUGUUUCUGCUCGUAGAGAGCCA